GUUAGGGCAUAACUGAAACGCAAAGUAUUUUGGAAAUCCGGCGGAGUGAGCGACAGACGGAACACUGAAGAGAAUAUGGCGGAGGAGGCGAUUCUAGGGUUUCUGCAGAACCAUGAGCAGAUCCCAGAUUCCGGCCAGUUCGCUGCCGAACACAACCUCGACCACAACGAUGUCGUCAAUGUCAUCAAGAGCCUCCACGGUUUUGGCUACAUUGACGCUCAGGACAUUAAAAGGGAAACAUGGGUGCUGACUGAUGAAGGGAAAAAAUAUGCUGCUGAAGGAUCACCUGAGGUGCAACUUUUCUUGGCCGUGCCUGCGGAAGGCAGCGUACCAAAAGAUGAACUCCAGAAAAAGCUAGAUCCUUCAGUCUUCAAGAUCGGCUGCUCUCAAGCUGGGAGGAACAAGUGGGUGGAAAUGGGAAAACAAGUCUCAAGGAAGGUUCAACAUGUAGAAGACAAAGUGAAAGGCUUGCUUUUACAAAUACAGGAAGGGAAGGAAAUUGGUAAAGACAGUAUCAGUGCUCUCAAAGCCAGAAAACUUAUAGUACCACAAACAUGGAAGGGAUAUUCUGUAAAGAAAGGUCCUAAUUAUGCUCCCAAAAGAAAGAAAGUGGCCACAGAUUUGACUCGGGAAAAUCUACAGAGGGGUGACUGGAAAGAUUUAGAGUUCAAAGAGUAUAACUUCAAUGCUAAAGGACAGCCUGUUGAGGCUGGGCAUCUCCACCCCCUUCUUAAGGUGCGGAAGCAGUUCAAGGACAUUUUUCUUCAGAUGGGAUUUGAGGAGAUGCCUACAAACAACUUUGUGGAAAGCAGCUUCUGGAAUUUUGAUGCAUUAUUCCAGCCUCAGCAGCAUCCUGCUCGUGACUCUCAUGACACCUUCUUCCUAAAAGCUCCGUCAACUACAAGGACAUUGCCAGAAGAUUAUGUUGAAAGGGUGAAACGUGUUCAUGAGUUUGGUGGCUAUGGAUCGAGAGGGUAUGCUUAUGAUUGGAAAAGAGAGGAAGCAAACAAGAACCUUCUUCGUACUCACACAACUGCUGUCUCCUCUAGGAUGCUUUAUGCACUAGCACAGAAACCUUUUGCUCCCAAGAAGUACUUUUCCAUAGACCGUGUUUUCAGAAAUGAGGCUGUCGACCGGACCCAUCUGGCCGAGUUCCAUCAGAUAGAAGGUUUGGUAUGUGACCGGGGCCUUACACUGGGCGACCUAAUUGGUGUUUUGCAAGACUUCUUCUCACGCCUAGGAAUGUCCAAGCUGCGUUUCAAGCCUGCCUAUAAUCCGUAUACGGAGCCAAGCAUGGAGAUUUUCAGUUACCAUGAAGGGCUGCAGAAAUGGGUGGAGAUCGGAAACUCUGGCAUGUUCAGACCUGAAAUGUUGCUUCCGAUGGGCCUCCCUGAGGAUGUCCGUGUCAUUGCAUGGGGUCUUUCUCUUGAAAGACCGACCAUGAUAUUGUACCAUAUCGACAACAUAAGAGAUCUCUUUGGUCACAAGGUGGAUCUGAAUCUCAUCAAGCAGAAUCCUAUCUGCCGUAUCGGAAUCUGAGUGAGUUUUGGAAUUGAAUUUUCAUGAAAAAGACAUUUUUGAUGAUUCUUAGUGCUCCUUAAUUAUGCUGCUGAGGAAAGACUAAUAUGCAAAACAGCAGCAAUACAACAUUCACUCGCAGAGUUGAACCUGCGUUUUAAAGACGCUUUUACACCCGCUGGCUGUUUUGUUCAAUUUAGGGAAUAUUAUAUUAUUGGAUCAGCAAAAAAAAUACUGAAUUUCGUGUAA